AUGCAAGGCAAUACUAUAAAAUAAUUAUUGUUGGAUAUUGUAGAUCUGAUUGACAAAGACAUCAUUCAAACAUAUCAACAAAUCAUUUAAGUGAGUAUUAAGUAAAUUAGUGAAUAAUCUGAAAAGUAAUAAUACGAAUAUAUCCUCUAAAUCAUUGCUUAUUUAAAUAGAGUAAAAACUGUAUUUGAAGAAUAAUUAGAAGAACACAUGAACAACGAUUACGAGGCAGUAAUCCAAAAACUUGAAGCAUCAAUAAGAAUUCACAUCAGAGUUGAGCAACAAUAGAAAUUGCAAAUUGAUGCUCUGACCUAAAAAAUAGAUGAAAUCACUUCUGAAAAGGAUAUUAUUAUAAAAUAAUAAUAAGAAAAAAUAAAAUCUUUGGAAUAAAUCAUUAAAGAUUAACAGAAAAAAUUGUUAGAUAUAUCACCCAAAGAGGUUCUUCAUAAAAAGACUCCAUCAGCUUUUGAAAGGCUAAGUAAGUUGGUCUCCAACAAAUCCUAAAAGAGUCUAUAAAUCACAAAUAAUGAAGCCAAUUUCAAAGCUUUGUUGAAAAUAUGCAACACUGAAAAAGAUCGGUCGUUGUCUAAGGGAAGGAAACAGUCGUCUGUUAAACGGGAGAUUGGUUAUUAGAGAUCAAAUGAGGAGACUCAAAAUUUAGAGCCCAAAUUGAUGGCAACAGAAAGAUUAAGAGAUUCAAAGGGAGAGAAGCGACACAGAGUCUAGAAAUCAGAAAAACUAAAUGAACAAUCAUAGUAGUCUUUAAGUACUGAGAAGUUGAAUAAGUGUAACAAAAGCAAAAAGAAAGAAUCACCAUUAAUUAGAUAAAAGCCAGAAUAAACAUUAUCUAGUCAAAGUUUUGAUCAAGUCGGUAAAAGCUUAUAAGCAUUGCAAAGACAAACUUCAAACACUCGUCUGUAAAAUAAUCACAGCUCUCAACUACUAAAAUUCUUAUAGAAGAAAUGA